CACGAUCACUUCCCAAGAAUUUAACCCAUCCAUUCCUCCCUAUAUAUAACCAUCUAUCUCAUGCUGCUGUUAGCCAACAAAAAUAUUUGGCAAUUCGAAUCCACAGCUAUCUUAAUUCUAAUAAACCUAGUAUAUUCCAUAUUCAAACCAUUUAUUUUGUUUCCCAUUUCCCCUCAGUUUUUUGAACAUGGGUAGCCUUGGUCUGUUUUGCUUUAUGGUUAUACUAGCUGAAAUCUUGGUGGUACAAGCCAUGGCUGGAAAAUCUGAGGGAUCAGAGCCGAACCCAUUUGGGCUUAAGGCUCAAAACAAGGUUGGGACACUUAGGGUUGUGGCUAGACUUGCGGAUCAGCCUGUUUCUAGUGUUGCAGGGUCACCAGAGGGUAAUAAGGAGUACUCCAAUGUGGCUGAAGCUCCGGAGAUCAGACGGCUGGGAAAGCAUCACUCUGACAAGUCUGUGGCUGGUGGGGGUGUCAUCAUUGGUGGCCUUGUCACUGCUAUUUUUGCAGCUGUUUUUUGCUACAUUCGGGUUACGAGAAAAAGAGCUGAUGUUCACUGAGCUUGUAUGCUCUGGUGAAAUUUUGAGAUCUUAUUACAGAGAUUUUCGAAAAAAAAAAAAAAAAAAAAAAACUGGUUAGUGUAGAAGUCAAGUGAGUAAAGGAGUGAGUGAUUCAUUUUGAUACAAACAUAUAAUGUGGUGUGAGGCAGAGGAAUUAGUGUAAUUCUUUUUAGAUAUUGUGAAUAUAUGAUUGAUGAGCGAA